AAAUGUCGACCCGACCCGACGCAUUAAGAACUACCCGCUCUAUGAGCUAUCCAACCGACAAACGAACAAAAAGCAAUCUACACAUCCUCGUAGCUGAGGAUGAUCCCACAAACAGCACAAUUCUGCGCAAAAGGCUAGAGAUGUCCGGGCACACAGUAUAUCUGACGAGGAAUGGGAAAGAAUGCGCAGCCCUAUACCGGGAGAAGGCGAAUUGCUUCGAUGCAGUAUUAAUGGAUCUACAAAUGCCCGUCGUUGACGGCUUGACGGCAACGAAGAUGAUCCGGGAAAGUGAACAAUCCUCCGCCAAGGGGGAGGCGCUUAAGAAGCGGGUACCGAUAUUAGUUGUUUCUUCGUCGUCGACCGAGAAAGAUCGACAAGUAUAUAUCGAUACGGGCUUUGAUGGAUGGGUUAUGAAGCCAGUUGGUUUUCACCGGAUCCCUGAUCUUUUGGACGGAGUCUACGAAAACGAGCGUCGCAGCAACUAUAUAUAUAGACCGGGGAAAUGGGAUGAAGGUGGCUGGUUCGAAGGCUGAUCCACUGGUUGAGGACUUUGACGCUAUUGUUUGGUUGUUCCCGGAGAGUUGGUGGGCUCCUGGGCUUAUUUUCAUGCCGUUACGAUGAUUCUCCUGUACAUAUACCUCCUGUCUGAACACACGAUAUCCUGCACAUAAG